AUGAGCGGCAGAGGCAAAACCGGUGGAAAGGCCAGAGCAAAGGCUAAGACUCGGUCAUCCAGAGCCGGGCUUCAGUUUCCCGUCGGCCGUGUUCACAGACUUCUUCGCAAAGGUAACUAUGCAGAGCGCGUUGGAGCCGGAGCUCCAGUUUAUCUCGCCGCUGUGCUCGAGUAUCUUACUGCUGAGAUCCUGGAGUUGGCUGGAAACGCCGCUCGUGACAACAAGAAGACUCGCAUCAUUCCCCGCCAUUUACAGCUGGCGGUGCGUAACGACGAGGAGCUGAACAAACUCUUGGGUCGCGUGACCAUCGCUCAGGGCGGUGUGUUGCCCAACAUUCAGGCUGUACUGCUGCCAAAGAAGACCGAGAAUCAAAAGACUAAAAGCUUUGUUGGCUCUAAAAUACACUAUGAACAUUACAUGGUGUUAAGGAUGUCUAAGAUCACAUCGCGAUUAUAUUAUUUGUGUGAGGGGCGCUUUCAUACUGGUGAUCCGCUUAAAUGUGGCAUUAAACUAAACAAAGGAUAUCGAGCGGGAACAAACCGCUUCUGCUCGAAAAGAGCCAAUGGCCAGUAG